AUGCAGAUUCGUGGCUUUGACGGAGAUGGUCGUGAUUUUAAUAGUGGCCAUACACUUCGUGAUAUUCAUCACUCCGUUCCUGGUAUUAAAGAUUUUGCCGUAGAUUCAUGGCCUUCUGUUCGUCCUCCAUUACUAUUAAUAUUCGAAAUAUUACUAUCAGAAGCUAUAAUUUUUGAAAUAUGGAAACAAUUGGAAAGACCCUUAUUCCAAGAAUACUACAAGCAAGGUCUAUUACUUGCAAUACCAAUGGACAUAAGUUCUUAUCCUACCCGCACGAGAGACCAUGG